CUCAUUUCACCGUCACUCUAGCAGAAGGGGUUUAACUGGGACAACAUGGCUGCACAGACGGGACGCUAUUACAACGAGGGUGGCAGGGCAACGAAGCGACAGAAAACGGAAAACAACGACGGAGGAAUGGCCACGGAGGGCUAUGAAGACCCCCACAAAACCCUGCCCUCCCCCGUUGUGCAUGUGAGAGGGCUGGUGGACGGCGUCAUGGAGGCUGACCUGGUGGAGGCGCUGCAGGAGUUCGGACCCAUCAGCUAUGUGGUGGUGAUGCCAAAGAAGCGCCAGGCCCUGGUGGAGUACGAGGACAUGAACGGCUCCUGCAACGCCGUGAACUACGCCUCCGACAACCAGAUCUACAUCGCCGGCCACCCUGCCUUCGUCAACUACUCCACCAGCCAGAAGAUCUCGCGCCCCGGAGACCCGGACGACUCGCGCAGCGUCAACAACGUGCUGCUCCUCACCAUAAUGAACCCCAUCUACCCCAUCACCACGGACGUGCUUUACACCAUCUGCAACAACUGUGGCCCUGUCCAGAGGAUCGUUAUCUUCAGGAAGAAUGGCGUGCAGGCCAUGGUGGAAUUCGACUCCGUUCAGAGCGCACAGAGAGCCAAGGCCUCCCUCAACGGGGCUGAUAUCUACUCAGGCUGCUGCACCCUGAAGAUCGAGUAUGCUAAGCCAACGCGCCUCAACGUGUUCAAGAAUGACCAGGACACCUGGGACUACACCAACCCCAACCUGAGUGGCCAAGAUGCAGAAGGAGAUGGAAAUUGGAGCAGUGCACAAGAUAUGAAUGCCAACCCCAACAAGCGUCAGAGACAGCCGGCUCUGCUGGGAGACCACCCUCCAGAGUAUGCUGGUCCACAGGGUGGCUACCACGGGCAUUACCACGACGAGAGCUACGGGCCGCCACCACCCCCUCACUAUGAAGGGCGCCGCAUGGGCCCACCCAUGGGGGGCCCCCGUCGAGGGGGACACAACCAGCGCUACGGGGGCCCACAGUACGGGCACCCCCCUCCCCCUCCUCCGCCGGGCGAGUACAGCCCCCAUGCUGACUCCCCCGUGGUCAUGGUGUACGGUCUGGAGCCCUCCAAGAUGAAUGCUGACAAGGUCUUCAAUGUGUUCUGCCUCUACGGCAAUGUGGAGCGGGUGAAGUUCAUGAAGAGCAAGCCAGGAGCAGCCAUGGUGGAGAUGGGCGACUGCUACGCUGUAGACCGUGCCAUCACCCACCUCAACAACAACUUCCUGUUCGGACAGAAGCUGAACGUCUGUGUGUCGAAGCAGCAGGCCAUCAUGCCCGGCCAGUCCUACGAGCUGGAGGACGGCACCAGCAGCUUCAAGGACUUCCACGGCACCCGCAACAACCGCUUCACCUCCCCAGAACAGGCCGCCAAGAACCGCAUCCAGCACCCCAGCAACGUCCUGCACUUCUUCAACGCCCAGCCCGAUGUGUCGACUGAGAUCUUCACACAGAUCUGUGAGGAGCUUGGAGUCAAGAGCCCCUCCAACGUCAAACUUUUCACGGGGAAGAGCGGGGGUCCGGGUGAGCGCAGUUCGUCUGGACUGUUGGAGUGGGAGUCCAUCAAUGACGCCAUGGAGGCCCUGGCCAUGAUGAACCACUACCAGAUGAAGAACCCAAAUGGCCCAUACCCGUACACCCUCAAACUGUGUUUCUCCACUGCGCAGCAUGCAAACUAAGUGGCUCCCGGCUGUCGACAGACUCCUCCCUCCUCCUCCCUAACUACCAUGUCAUCGACACAGUUUGCCCCUCCCCCAUAUACCUGCCCUCAGUGUCCGUAAAAGCAGUAUGUUGUGUGUGUGUGUGUGUCUGUGCGGCCUUGUGGAGUUCUUUGUUAGUAUGGAGCUUUGGCAAGUUGGAAGAGAGUUUGACUGAUACUGACAGAGAUGAUGGGUUGUUUUUAGAGAGAAAUGGAAAAAAGCUUUUGUACCAGUAUUUUUUUUUU